GAAUUUCAAUCCAAUGUCCAUGCUCAUGCUCCUUUUUCACCACUGAAAUGCUACCUCUUCUUCCUCUUUCUUCUCCUUCUUCCUCCUCUCCUCUUAACUCAGAUUAAUCUCCUCUCAAGAACCCUAAUACUAAAUUCAUCACAGACCUUAAAUUUUUCACUCGAGACAUGUCACUAGCUCCCUCGCUUCCCCGCUUGCACUCUCCAUUCCUUUGUUGCCCUCUUAAGCUUUCCACCACCGCUACUUCUUUUUCUUCCCAAAAAUUCCCCAGAAAUCAACGGUCGCCAGCGUCUUAUCCGUGCAUUAGGGCUUUGGAUCUCGAUCAAAACACGGUUGUGGCAAUAUCAGUUGGAGUCGUCAGUGUUGCUGUUGGUAUAGGCGUUCCGAUCUUCUACGAAUCCCAAAUCGACAAUGCUGCGAAGCGAGAGAACACUCAGCCAUGCUUCCCAUGCAGUGGUUCCGGCGCCCAAAAAUGCAGAUUUUGCUUGGGAACUGGAAAUGUAACAGUGGAGCUUGGUGGUGAUGACAAAGAAGUGUCUCGAUGCAUCAAUUGCGAUGGUGCUGGUUCUUUGACAUGCACUACAUGUCAGGGUUCUGGGAUUCAACCUCGGUACCUUGAUCGGAGAGAAUUCAAAGACGAUGACUGAAGUGAAGUCCCUCGGAAUAAGCUAUUUUCGGCUAUUUGUCUCAACAAUUGAGAAGAAGAAAUCAGCAAUUUUUUGCCCUACUGUUGUUGUUCACUUAUUCUACAGUGAUUAAAUUGUUUAUAUGCAUUUUCUUUGGCGAUCUAACUACUUUUUCUUCGCCUCUGUUUCUUGUCUUUUUGUCAAAGUUUAUUUUAAUAAAAAAUGGCACUUUUAACUUGUCA